UAGUCAACAAGUUUGCUUCAGUUGAAAAUAAGCACUAUAAGUAAACGGAACAGUUAACGUUGUUGCUGGAGAAAUACAAAAUAUUUGUUAAUACUACAAAGCUUUUCAGAAAAAUAUCAUAAAUUAUGAGUACAAAAAUAAUUUUAUAUCUCGCGCUGCUUAUUUGCGUAUUCAGUAGCAGCAGUUCUGCCGAAAGACCGGCACACUGCUUACAACCACAUCCACAGGGUGAGGGCCUUUGCGAUAUGCUCAUCAGCGGUUUCUUCUACAAUCCGGACCAGAAUGCCUGUGAAGAGUGGCUAGAGAGCGGUUGUAAUGUCGUCGGUGGUCACUCAUAUGAUUUGCGCGAAGAUUGUGUGAAAGAAUGUGUCAAUGUUAAUUAAAGAAAACUUCUAUAUUUUUUUCAUUAAUUAUAUUUUAACAAAACUUUGAAUUGUAAAUUAACCGUAACUAUUAAAUUUAAUAUGAUUUGGAAAUUUUUUUGGAGGUCGAAAUAAAUAAAAAUGGAAUAUAACCAACAAAUGAAAA